UGUAGACCAGUUGACAUGCCGGGAAGUCUACAACUCACAUAGUUUCGGUUGCCUGCAAGAAUUCCCGAAGAUUUCCGAAGUUUUUCGUUUUGAUAUUAACGCCACUUCAGCCGCUAAAUCAGAAAUUUCCAAUGAAAACAAGCAUGUUGUGACUGACCUAACGUAACCUAACCCUUCGAUUUUUUUUAAUUUCAAUUUUUGAGAGAAAUACGAAGUUGCACGAACGUGGUAGGGAACCGAAACUAUGUGAGUUGUAGGCUACCGUGACAGGCCACCAUUUAUCAAAGAUCGCGCUUGCCGACACAAAGGAAUCGAAUCACUGAAUCGUAACAUUCUGUCAGUAUCUAAGUACUGUUUACUGUUUAUGCUUUUGCCUUUUACAAAACUUAAUUAAAGCUGAUCAUUGUUGUGUGGUUUAACUUCGUGAAGUUAAUAAAUUAAUCAUAUUUACGUAUUUUUUCCGUUUUUAGGGGAACAGAUCUUGUUGAAAUAAACAAAGAAAAAUAUGUUACUUAUUGGUUUUAAUUUAAAUAAACCUACUGGUUAGGCCAUGCUGCAUACGUAAUGUGCAAAUGUAGGUCAAUUAAUAAAUUAUACUUCUUAGUGCAGCACGCAUCGCACUAUCUCGGUGACUCCAGUGAGGCAGCUGACUUUACCGUUGGUAACAUUUGACAUCUUUAAACAGUGGUGAAGUGAUUAAAUAAAAAAAUAAGUAAUGGAUGAAAAUUGUGGCCAGUUCAAGGGCCGCAGUCAUCUUCCAGAAAUGAUCAAGUCGCAGCUGUUGGCGGCCCUGGACCUCGGUAGCCUGCGGGCGGGCCGCGCGUUCGUGCUGGGCGCCACCAACCGGCCGUGGGACAUGGACUCUGCCUUCCUGCGCCGCUUCCAGAAGAAGCUGUACGUGCCGCUGCCCGACCGGGUGGCGCGGCAGGCGCUGAUGCGGACCGAGUGCGGGGGCACGCCGGCGACGCUGGACCCGGAGCAGUGGGACUGGCUGGCGGCCCGCACCGAGGGCUUCUCCGCGGCCGAGCUGGCCGGCCUGGCCAAGGAGGCCCUGUUCCUGCCCGUGCUGGAGCUGGGGCGGGCCGCCCACUGGAGGACGGACGCCCAGGGCCUGAUGGAGCCGUGCAGCCGCAACGCGGAGGGCGCCGUGCCCCACUCGCUGGCCGCGCUGCGCCCCGACCAGGUGGCGGUGCGAGACGUCACGUUCGAGGACUUCCAGCAGGCGCUGCGCAACUCCAAGAGGAGUGUCACCGCUCAGGAGAUGGAGCAGUUCCGCCAGUUCACCGAGGAGUUUGGGCAGCUCCAGUAGCUGGCCCGGGGACCCGCCCCCUCCCUGCCCCUGCGGGCGGCACUCCGUACCCUGUCUUGCCUUCGGCGCCUCGUUGCGCUGCGAACAAACAGCGUGUCUUACAAACUUGCACUGCCCGUUUGAUGUGUGUGCGCCCUUUUACCGACUUACUGCGCUCUAAAUAUAAAGUGCAUCUUAAAAAUUAAAUAAUUUUGUACUUCUUAUAAUCUAUGAACUAUGAUGCUGGUUAGCUGAAUUUACUUGAUUUUAAGAUGCAAGCCUUUGCUGACUUACUGCGCUCUAAAUAUUAAGUGCAUCUUACAAUUUACACUACCAAUUUGAUAAUUUACUCAGUUUUAAGAUGCAAGCCUUUGCUGACUUAUUGCGCUCUAAAUAUAAAGUGCAUCUUAAAAUCCUAUACUUUUUUUUAUGAUUUUGUCCUUCUUAUAAAUGUAUGAUGCUGGUUAGCUCAAUUUACUCAAUUUUAAAGAUGCAUUCCUUUGGUGACUUAUUGCACUCUGAACAUAAAGUGCGUCUUACAAUCUACGAUGCCCAUCUGCUGAAUUUAACUGAUUUUAAGAUGUACCUUUUUUUUACCCCUUAUCGUGCUCUGAAUAUUGGAAGUUUUACUACGUACAGCACCCAUUUGCAGAAUUCAUUCGAUUUUAAGACCCAUAUCAUUAGUGACUUAUGCUCUGAAUAUGAAUUGCGUAGUCCACUUUCUGAACUUGGUCGAGCUCUGAAAAUGAGGUUGAAGGGGAGAGGGGGUGUUGUGGCUGCAUCCUGAAAUCAACGUCUUCACCAUACUUGUACAGGCAAACUCGUUACUUCUGGGUAAAGUGUGCACAAAGCAGGUAAUUUAUUGAGGUGGAAAUUCAUUUUGUUGAACAUAAAAACAGUGGUGUCUUAGCCAGCCUUCACAUGAAGACAAGACUACUUACUACAUAUUCUAUAAUAACAAGCAUGCAGUGUUCAUUUCACAAAGGCAAACAAACACACAAGGCACUCCUUAAAUGCCAAACACAACUUCCUCCCUGGUGCGAUUGAAGUCGAGGUGUGCGAUUAACCAUUAAAAUGUGUGUCGUUAAUGCAAUAGGUAGCGCUGGCCUUUCAGAGCACUGAGAGACAAUAAUUAAUACCCAUUUCAAAGAGUUGCUUAAAUCCUUUUUAAAUUGAAAGGGAAAAGGACAAAAAGAAAUGUACACGUUGGUGUAUUGUAGAUACAGUGUGUGUUUAUACUACUUUUAUCGUUAUAUUUGUAAAGACUUAACAAAGUAAAGCCCUGUACAGAAGUUAACUGGUCGUCUAUAAACAGGUUCACCACCAUGUGGUGUUUAGUUCAAUAAGUAGUUUACAUCAGGUGCAAGAUUAUUUAAAUUCAUUAAGCAAUUAUCUAAAAUGUUAUAAGUACAAAUUUAAUUGAUUACCCCUUCUUAUAUAAAACAGUGUUUCCAUGUGUUUAAAAAAAUGUACCUUAUUACCAAUUUAAAAAUAGUUACACAAAACUUGUUCAGUCACUAGACAGAAAAAUGGAAAGAAAAUUGUGUAAAAAAAAGUUAAUUUUCAUUUGCUUUUAGAAGUAUUCAUUGUAAAAGUUUUUCUGUUUUUGCUGUGUAGCAAUUUUGUUUAUGUACUAAACAAUGAUUAUUAUUUAAUGUCUAAUGUUUGUACCAUUUCUUGAUUUUAUUCAGAGUUUUAUAAGUAAAGACAUGCUUAUGCUAAUGAGGUUUCUGUUUUAACUAUAAAUCAAUUCCUAACAACUUACCACUCUUAGUGGAUUGAAUGUGAAGACACUU